CCCGUUUCUUUCACGUCGCUUAAAACGCACAGUUGCAGCUAAGAGGAACAUCUGUCAAAAAAAAAAUCCGAUCUUUUCCGAGAAAAUCUUUCCAAACGAGAUAACAAUGGAGUUGUGCCCUUCAAUUAAGAACAUCCUUCUUUUGGAUUCCGAAGGGAAACGUAUAGCUGUUAAGUAUUAUUCAGAUGACUGGCCAACGAAUUCUGCAAAGGAAGCCUUUGAGAAAGCAGUAUUUACCAAAACCCAAAAGACUAAUGCCCGUACCGAAGCUGAGAUAACAAUGCUUGAGAACUAUAUUGUCGUGUACAAGUUCGUUCAAGACCUUCACUUUUUUGUUACGGGAGGCGAAAAUGAAAACGAGAUUAUUUUGGCCACAGUGCUCCAGGGGUUUUUUGAUGCAGUUGGACUUCUCCUUAGAGGCACUGUGGACAAGAAGGAGGCGCUGGAGAACUUAGAUCUUAUUUUGUUGUGCCUCGAUGAGAUUGUUGAUGGCGGUAUCAUUCUUGAAACUGAUGCAAAUGUUAUUGCGGGGAAGGUAGCUAGUCAUAGUUUGGAUGCUGGAGCUCCUUUGUCUGAGCAGACGAUAACUCAAGCAUUGGCUACUGCAAGGGAACAUCUUACAAGAUCUCUCCUCAAGUAAUGCAAAUACACCAGGCUGAAGGAGAGAAGCCAGAGGAUAUAUCUUUUUGUAAUGAUACUACAUCUGAUGUGCUUAGGAUAAUCUUGGUGUCUUUUUGGGUGCAAUAGAAAUGCUUACACUUCGGAUGAUCAAUUGAUGUCAUUGCCAGGUUAUUUUCUUGAUAUUACUGAGUCAUUAUGCAAAUUGGGCUGCUACCCCUACAUAAUGGCAAAAAUACUAGAUGGUGGUUUUUAUUGUAGUGGUAAGCUGAAAAUUAAAUACAUUGAGCCAUGCUGAUAACAAAAUAACUGCAUGAAGGUGCUUGUUGGAGAGUGGCAUGUUUUCCUUAACUUACUGGAUACUUAAGGUUUAUAUCGAGUAGCUUUUACUAUGAUCUAGAUCUCUCCUUUAUACCACAAACAAAGUAUUUGCUUAGUUGAUUUAAGUCAGGCAUGGAGGCAUUAUCUCAGUCUCUCAGCCCAUUGCAUCCAACAAAUAAAGCAUUGGGAAGUAAAUGAAUCUAAUUACUUUGUGGAUCUAAUCGUACGUCUGUGCUAUAAAAUUUAUCCUUUUCUGCUGUACUCCUUUUAGCAAGCCAUAGACUGAACAAAUGGUUACUGUAUUAUUGGACGAGAACAUAAUCUGCAUCAUCAAGGAAUGCAUCUCCAGCAGUCGGAGUCAAGUUAUUCCGAUAAGUACUUCUACAAACCUAGGCAUCAGCUUCUGCCUGCGUUUUAACCUGUUCUUGUAACUCUAGCUUCCUAACUUGCACCUGCUCUUAAUCGACGGGCUUUUUUAGUCCAAAAUAAGGCAAGCCAAUCACAAUCAGCACAAUUCCUAUGGAGAUGAGGAUGGCUGAAAACAAACCAAAUGCGUAUGGUGUAUCCUCUGUUCCAGGGGUCCCAUCAAAACAUUGAUGCCAUACCAAACAAUCAGACCAGUGGUGAUGGAAAGAACAGGGCCACAACCCCAAAAACCAAAUCUGUGGGAUCAGGGAAUUUCAAUUGCCAAAUGCGGUUAAAAGUUCAAAGCUG